AUGUCUUCUACCGGUGGCAAUGGGGGCGGUGCUUCGAGGGACAACGGAGAGGAUCUGGACUCGCAGCCUCUACGCCCUCGUCCGAUCAGGUUUAUCAGUCCAGCAGCGCUAAAUCUUUCUCGUGUUUAUGAACAGAACCGGCAACGAAUCCAAAAGAAGGAUGGGCCAAAAGUGCCUGACCCGACGACGCCCCAGACGAAGGGGAAGCCUCGCCUGUUGUUGAUGGGACAAAGGAGGAGUGGGAAGUCGUCCAUCUCGAGCGUGGUGUUUCACAAGUUGCCAGCGAGCGAGACAUUGUUUCUCGAGUCGACGGCCAGAAUUCAAAAAGACAGUCUCAAUUCUUUCAUGGAGUUUCAGGUUUGGGAUUUUCCAGGUCAGAUCGACAUCUUUGAAAACCCAGCCUAUUCGUUCGACAUGGACGCCAUUUUUGGCGAGAUUGGGGCUCUCAUUUGGGUCAUUGACGCCCAAGACGAUUAUCUCGAAGCCGUGACCCGGCUGAACAUCACCAUUCUCCACGUCCAACGAAGCUACCCUCACAUCAAUAUCGAGGUCUUCAUCCACAAGGUUGACGGCCUUAGUGACGACUACAAGCUGGAUAUCCAGCGCGAUGUGACGAUACGGAUUCAGGACGAGCUGUCGGACCAGGGGAUCGAAAACGCGCCUGUCAACUUCCACCUUACCAGCAUCUACAACCACAGCAUCUUUGAGGCCUUUAGCAAGGUCAUCCAGAAGCUCAUCCCUAGAUUGGGUCAGCUCGAGGCGAUGCUGACGAACCUCUGCCGGACGUGCCGGUUCGAAAAGGCCUAUCUCUUCGACGUCAACACCAAGAUCUACAUUGCGACGGACUCGACCCCCGAGGACAUGGCCAGCUACGAAAUCUGCUCUGAUUAUGUGGAUGUUAUAAUUGACUUUACCGAAGUUUAUGGGAGCUGGCCGAGGACGCAGCAGUGGAGGGACAGGCUGGAGGGGGAGCCGUGGGCGCAGCCGCUGGAGGAUCAAGUGGCGUGCGAGUGGGCCGAGAGCGGGAUGGUGCUUGCCGACGCGCAGAGGCCGAUCAUGCUGAGGGAGGUGGACAGGUUUCUGGCGCUGGUGGCGAUCAUGAAGGAGGGGAGUUAUGAGAAAAUGCCGCAGAUUAACAUGAAUGUUGAUGUGGUGGUGAAGGGGCUGACGGAGUUUUUUGAGAUUACGAAGCCGAGGGGGGGUGGAGGGGGGGUGGUUGGGGGGCAGGGAGGGGAGGGGGUUGUUAGUCCUGGUGUUGCUCCUGCGCUGUGA